GCGGGCCCCUGUGACUGGCUCCGUGGCGGAUUGGACGGUAUAAAAAAGCCGCGGUGACCGCAGAGCAGACCAGACCUCUCUGACUCUGCCCAGGUGAACCUCACUGCGCGUUAUGGAGCGCACUUUCCGGGAGCAGCUCUUCUUUCUGUUCCUGUGUCUGUCCGUCCUCAAGGGAGACUGCAGGUACAUUGAGAACAACGACAUCUCAAAAGAUGAACUCUAUUCGCUUAUUAGCGCGGAUCUCAGGAUGGAAAUACCUGAUCUGUUAAUGUAUCGCCGACCUUUGCGUUGCCUGGACAUGGUGGCGAUGGAGGGCCAGUUCACCUUCACAGCAGAGAGCCCUCAGCUCAGCUGUGCAGCUUUCUUCAUGGCAGAGCCCACUGAGCUCAUCACUGUGGAGUAUGACAGCGUGGACAUCGACUGCAGCGGAGGAGACUUCAUCACAAUGUUUGAUGGAUGGGUGAUGAAGGGUGAAAAGUUCCCCAGCUCCCAGGAUCAUCCACUGCCUCUACACGAGCGCUAUGUGGAUUACUGCAGCUCGGGAUCAGUGAGGAAAAGCGUGCACUCCUCCCAGAACGUUGCAAUGGUCUUCUUCCGUAUUCACAGCGCUGGCAGCAGCUUCACCCUGACUGUCAGGAAGCACAUCAAUCCCUUUCCCUGUAAUGUUAUUUCACAGUCACCAGAGGGCAGUUACACAAUGGUGAUCCCCCAGCAGCACAGAAACUGCAGCUUCUCCAUCAUAUAUCCAGUGGCCAUCGACAUCUCAGAGUUCAGCUUGGGACACCACAACAAUUUCCCCAAGAGGAAGCUCACUGGUGGUGAACAGCCUUCAACCUCAACUUUCCAUGUGAAUAAUCACCUAUUCUCUGGAUCCUUACCUGGUUGUGCAGAGUCUGAGGAUUACGUGCAGUUGUUGGGAGGAAGUGGUAUUGACACAUCUAAGCUGCUUCCCAUCACAGACCUCUGCAUCACCUUCACUGGACCCACCCACAUGAAAAUUGCCUGCGAAAACACAGUGGUGAGGAUGGUGUCCAGCGGGAGGUUUGUCAGUCGUGUGUCCUUCAGCUACAGGCUUCUGGACAGCCAGGAGCUACAAACGAUCAAACUCAAUAAUGUGGAAGAUUUCUGUUUCAGCAACUGAUCCCAACAGGGUCAAAUUGUAGCAAAUGCAUCUUUUGACUGCCAAACAUUUCUUAAGUCAUUUCCCACCAUGUCAGUCUAGAUUCCAAGGAGAUUGAAGUAAGAUGAAAAUGAAUAAAUAUGAUGUGAGAAAACA